CUCUCUCUCUCCCCACCCUCUGUUCUUCAUCUCCCUCCCCUCUCUCUCCACCUCUCUCAUCAUUGUGAAGGUGGUGUGAGUGGCAGGGCUAGGAGGAGGACACACAGCAUUAGCACGGGCAUCCCCAGCAUCAUCACUCAGCAUCCCUUCACCUAAAAGAAUGGCAGAGGGCUCAGUAUCAGAAGCAGAGGUAGAGACGGCCUUCAAGAAGUUUGCCAUUCAUGGGGACACCAAGGCUACUGGGAAGGAGAUGAACGGCAAGAACUUUGCCAAACUCUGCAAGGACUGCCGGGUUAUCGACGGCAAGAACGUCACCGCCACCGACGUGGACAUCGUCUUCACUAAAGUCAAGGCGAAGACAGCUCGUGUGAUCACCUUUGAGCAGUUCAGCCAGGCCCUGUCAGAGUUGGCCCCGAAACGUUUCAAAGGGAAGGGCCAGGAGGAGACGCUGCAGCAGCUCUAUGGCCUCAUAGCAGGGAAGGAGCCCUCCAACGCGGGCGUCACCAAAGUGGCCAAGGCAGCGGCGGUGGACAGACUGACAGACACCACCAAAUUCACGGGGGCACACAAGGAGCGUUUUGACGAGACUGGCAAAGGGAAGGGCAAGGCUGGGCGAGAGGAGAUCCCAGAUGCCAGUGGCUAUGUGGGGGCCUACAAGGGCAAGGGCACCUAUGAGGAUAAGGUCAAGGAAGCAUAGGCAGGAUAGAGGAAACAGAGAGAGAGAGCUACUCAGACCCUACCAUUUACCCCAAAGACCUCCUAAAUACUGGACUUUCAAUUAGAACUGAGAACUGAACAGGUACAGGAGGAUGGCCUGUUCAGUCACUGGAUGCCAUAGUAUCAGGGGAGGCCACCAUUGUCAAUAAUCAUUUCUUCUUAACGGACUUGCCUAGUUAAAUAAAGGUUACAUUUAAAACUGAUAAAUAUAUCCUCAGAGUUACAGGGUGGGGUUGGGGUGGUAGGAUGGAGAGGGCAGGUGUAAUGCUUCCAGUGGGGAGUAAACCUGAAUAUGAAACAUUACCUGUAUUAGUUGAUAAAGAAUAAUGAUUUCGUAGGGUUAGAAAAUGUACUUAAAUAAUCUAUAUACUCCCCCUUCGUAAAUGCUCCAGCCCAACCCCUGACCCCAUCCCUCCCAGCUUUACUAAACACCUCAGUCAGCACACGUAUUACUACAGGAAGUAACUCAGCUCCCUACUACAACAGGAAGUAACUCCACUCCCUACUACUACAGGAAGUAACUCAGCUCCCUACUACAACAGGAAGUAACUCAGCUCCCUACUACUACAGGAAGUAACUCAGCUUCCUACUGCUAUACACAUUGUGCCUUAUCAUUGAGGUUGCUUCUCACACUAAUGCCCUGGUAUUAUGCACUUCUUUCACCCACAUUCUUCUCAACUGAUGUACAUAGCUUCAUCUGCUCUGCUAUAAUAACUGAAUAUUGGAAAUGUAAAUGGAUGAAUUAAUAAAUACAUUAUUAGAUUAAGUAAUAGAUUAAUGAAUGGUGAAUACAUUCAAAUAUAUAUCAACUGUAUCUGGACAUUAUAGUCCUUUGCUUGUGCUGUAGAUUGGACACAUGGAAUAAGAGACAGAUGAGUCCUCUCCAGCUCUGAGAAGAUGAGAACACUGUCUGUUGGAGGACUGGGAGCCUCCUGACUGCACUGCAUUGUUGUUCUGUCCUUCCUGAUCACUGUCCAGUCUAGCUGUGUCUCCCUCUGUUCUGAAGAGCUGGAAAAUACUAUGUAAACGCUCAAAUAAAUCACUGAGCAGCA